ACCGCACGAGCCUGUGAAAGUGAUCCUCGCCUUCCCUUGCACACAAAGGCAGGAGCUCUUUAAGGGAGCUGCCUGCUCCUCCGCACAGCUGCAAGCCAGGGCUCCUGUGGGCUCAGCCACCCAAGCUUUGGCCUGAACAUGAGUGGGGAGGCGUCUUGAGGAGCCCCCAGGACACCCCGGAGCGGGGCAGGGAGGGAGCAGGCAGUCUGCGCGGAUGGAGACCACCGGUCCCCGGGGAUCGGAUUAGGAUUAGCCGCUGCUCGGGAUGCUCAGCGCGCCGCUUGAGCAUCCUGCCUGUGGUCCAGAGGGUGCGGGCAGCGCGCGCUGCGGAAUGCCUGCGUGGAUUUGACCCAGCGCCCAGAGGCGAGCCCGCAUUCGGACACGGCGGAUGGGCUUCCGGCCGGGCUGCGCGCAGGCAGCACGAACGCUCAGCUCCAGGCGGCUGCGAAAGCCUCCGGGCUGCAUGGAUUUGGCUGUUUCAGCAGCGGAGAUUCCUACCCGGGAGGAUCGGAGAGCUCGAUCCGCGCUCCAGCUGUGACAACUUCAGGGCUGGCUGCUGACUUGUGUGGGGUCCGGGCUCCGUCGUGCCCUGCAGCCUCUCCUGCGGCUCCCCGCCCCGAAGUCUGCCGCCAGGACUCCCCUGAUCGCAUCCCCAGCAAGGGGGCCAAGGAGGGGUUAAAAGAAGAGCAGCAGCCCUCCCAACUACUCAACCUCUCGUGACUGCCUGGGUUCCGGGGUUCUGAGAGGGACCGUGCGCUGCCCGGGGAAGCGAUGCAAGUCUCCAUAGCCUGCACAGAGCACAAUCUGAAGAGCCGGAAUGGUGAGGACCGACUUCUCAGCAAGCAGAGCUCCAACGCCCCCAAUGUGAACGCAGCCCGCGCCAAGUUCCGCACGGUCGCUAUCAUCGCGCGCAGCCUGGGGACCUUCACCCCUCAGCAUCACAUUUCUCUCAAAGAGUCCACCGCCAAGCAGACUGGCAUGAAAUAUAGGAAUCUUGGGAAAUCAGGACUCAGAGUUUCUUGCUUGGGUCUUGGAACAUGGGUGACAUUUGGAGGUCAAAUUUCAGAUGAGGUUGCUGAACGGCUGAUGACGAUCGCCUACGAAAGCGGAGUUAAUCUCUUUGAUACUGCCGAGGUCUACGCUGCUGGAAAGGCUGAAGUGAUUCUGGGGAGCAUCAUCAAGAAGAAAGGCUGGAGGAGGUCCAGCCUGGUCAUAACAACCAAACUCUACUGGGGUGGAAAAGCUGAAACGGAAAGAGGGCUGUCAAGAAAACAUAUAAUCGAAGGAUUGAAGGGCUCCCUCCAGAGGCUGCAGCUGGAGUAUGUGGAUGUUGUCUUCGCAAAUCGACCAGACAGUAACACCCCCAUGGAAGAAAUUGUUCGAGCCAUGACACACGUGAUAAACCAAGGCAUGGCGAUGUACUGGGGAACCUCCAGGUGGAGUGCUAUGGAGAUCAUGGAAGCCUACUCUGUAGCAAGACAGUUCAAUAUGAUCCCCCCCGUCUGUGAACAAGCUGAGUACCAUCUUUUCCAGAGAGAGAAAGUGGAGGUUCAGCUACCGGAGCUCUACCAUAAAAUAGGAGUUGGAGCAAUGACCUGGUCUCCACUGGCCUGUGGGAUCAUCUCGGGGAAAUACGGGAACGGGGUACCUGAAAGCUCCAGGGCUUCUCUGAAGUGCUACCAGUGGUUGAAGGAAAGAAUUGUGAGUGAAGAAGGGAGAAAACAGCAGAACAAGUUAAAAGACCUCUCUCCGAUUGCUGAGCGGCUGGGCUGCACUCUCCCUCAGCUCGCUGUCGCCUGGUGCCUGAGGAACGAGGGUGUGAGUUCCGUGCUCCUGGGAUCAUCCACUCCCGAACAGCUCAUUGAGAACCUCGGUGCCAUUCAGGUUCUCCCAAAGAUGACAUCACACGUGGUAAAUGAGAUUGAUAACAUAUUACGCAACAAGCCCUACAGCAAAAAGGACUACAGAUCAUAAGGCAAUGAAUGCAUGAGCCACAGGAGCUGCAUGGUUCAAAUAUCGGUCUAUGCCGGUACAGAAAGGUGUUCCUAGCCAGUCUUUUAAAUCACUUAGCAGCCGCUGCAUCAACCUCUAGUGUCCCCGGAUUCUGAGGUGUCUGCUGUCGCUACCACUGUGCACCUGAAUUAUGAGCACAUCUGAAAACUCACAACUAAGAAAAUCCAUUCUAUUUUCUUAUCUUGGACUGGAGUCACCUAUCCUUGCAUUGCUCUGUACACCUCAUGCUAAUGCAAUGGAAAGCAUAUGGCGGGGAAAGGUGUAUUACCUUCAGGCAUAGAACUUAAAGAAGGCUAUACAGACAGAUCUGUUUUUUUCAAAUGAACAAAAUCCACAGAUGCCAUGUGGAUUGUGUCAGAAAGAAGAGGCUAUGUAAAUUCAGAAGUCCUGCUUUGGAAAAUAAGCAAAAACAAUUUUACAUUUGUUUUUCUAUUUUCACAUUCCAAGUGUUAGCAAGCUGUUUCCCUUAUCAUUUCAACAAAAUGUAAUUCCUAGGUAUUUGCUUUCAUUACCUUUUAAAUAUUCAGUGUUGUUUGGCCCCAAAAAUGACCCUGUGUAGCAAUUUAUCCAAAGUGUCUUAUAAUUCUAAUAAUGUUCUAUUCAUUUACACAUAGAGAUAGUAAAAGGAUGAACACCAGUCUCUAAUUAGAGACACUAUGGUAAAUGUAUGCAAGUGAGGGUUACACUACUAUGGAAGCUUAGCGUCGGAUAAAAUGUAAUGCACCUGCAACAAAGUGUUCAUUUUUUACUACGUUUUAUGAAAAUCUGCUUUAUAUUUUUGACUGCUCGUAGGCACAACUUCUGCAAGUUUAAAUAUUUGAGCUUUAAAAAUAAAUAUACACAUGCUUGGUUUUUGUAAGUAAACCUGUAAAAUACCCACAAAAGCAAAUGUUUGCUGUAUAAUUAGCACUGGGAUUUUACAAUACAAUGCUUGGUGUUUUUGAGGAGUUAGUAACAUGAAAGUAAGCCAUGGGCUUUGUGAAAAAUGUUACUACUCAGCAUAUGCUGGGUGAAUUAACUUGCCCAAUGAAAAACAAAUGUUAAAGAAUUUCCUGAUUCUAUAAUCACAUAAUGUGCACUCAACUAUAUGCAUGAAAGCUCACUGCAUGAAUUAAAGGGGCCUCGCUCUAAUAUACCUGGAAGCUGAAGCCUAUCUAGCCCUGCCACUGUUGGCUACCUACCCUUAUGAGCACUCCACUUGAGAACAGUUUUGAGAAUGUAUUGUGUGUACCUGUAAGAAAGAAGCCAUUCCCCCCCCCCCUUUUUUGGGGUAUGUGUUGGGGGCCAGGGUCCUAUAACUCUGUUUGAACACCUGAGCCUGUACAAAAUUCUAAUUUAAUUUUCUGGCCAGCUGGUCCCAAUAUAUAGAAAUCAUUGAGACUUACAGGACAAAUAUACUAUCAGCUUCAAAUGCUAUUUUAUGCCAUCAUUUCCAAGUAAGUUCAUGGUUAAGUUCUAAAUCCCAAAAUGUUAAUGUGAAAUACCAAGAAAUUUCCUUUUUGAUUACUACUACCUGUAUUCAAUUAAGGAAAUAGUUUGGGUUUUUGCCCCAGAAUAUGAGAAAUAUGGAAAAGGAUCAUUUUUUAUUGUUCAUUGUGCAUUCAAUUAAUCCAGUGAAUACUUACUGUAUGUAUAAAUGAGCUGAAGUUGUCUAAUUCAAACUGCAAUUCAACUUAAUUUGAGUAGAGUAAUAAAAGCAUUUUGUGCAUUUAAUCGCACAAUUAGUUUUUAUCUGACCUUUCU